AUCAGAGACAGAAGAGGACAGACAUCCACGCUUCAGCGACACCAUUCAGGUUCUGCUAACCAGGCUCUUCCCUGUCAGGAAUGAGAUCUACAAGUCUGCUAGUGUGCCAGUGAGGGAGUCCCUAGUGAUGACCAUCAAAGCCAUUCUGCUCCCCCAGGACGACGGGACUUGCCCCCUCCAACAGACUUUGCCUGUGACAGGGGAUGGUAACAGUCUCAGUAAUCAGGUGUGUCGUGUGGUGGCCAAGCUACAGACCCAAGCCUGUAUGGUGCUCGCUCAGUAUCUACAGGACAUCGAGUUCACUAAGGAGUUCAUUCAGCAUUGUGGAUCCGCUAUUGAUAUUCUGAAGUCCCUGGCAAAGGAUUGUAAUUCAG